GCAACGGCGACUCGUUGAGUGCAACAGAGGCAUUCUAGUGUACAUAACUGUUUACUGGGCGACUCCGCGCUUCCUUUCUUACAGUUUAUCCACCAAAAUGUCGCAUCUAUUCGACGAAGACGAUUCAAAACCAGAUAAUCUGGCAUGUACGAAAAAACUGACAAAAAAUACCCAGUCGCUUGCUAACGAAAGCAGUAAAAUCCGAUGCCGAGGAUAUACUCGACGACUACAGCGAUGAUCAGCUACACCAAACUGUGGGAGAGUCACGCGCUGCCUUGGAAACCGUAAGUCAAAUGUGUGCGGUCAUGGCUCCGGGAAUUCGAGAAUUAAUGGAAGGAAUGUUGAAAACAACGAGUACAAUACGGGAAAAAUUGAAGUCCGUAGACUAUUCCGAUCUUCCUGAUCAGAAAAAGGUCCAAGAUUCAUUGUUAAUGCGAUUGCUGAACCAAUCAAAAGCGCUGGAUGAACUUGUUUUACUUGCUAAAGAAGUCGAGAAACUUGCCACUCAGACAUCAGAAGUAGCACAGAAAGCAUCUUCACGGUCCAAGAUGACUGAAUCAGAAUUGGAAAAAGCAAUUAGUGAAAUCAAAACUGCAGAAAACAUUAGAAAAUCAGUUGAAAGAGAGAAGGAAGCAAAAGAAAGCAAACAGGAAAAAGAAAAAAUCGGGAUGGAAACUAAAAGCAUUGCAGAAAAAGCUAAACAGCUUGGGACUGAGGUUAGUGAAGCACUAGAGGAAGCCAAAAAAGCCCUCGAAGAAGCAAUAAAAUACUCAGAGGAAGAUCAAGCUUUUGAAGAAGAACUAAAACUUAAGUUAGAAGAAGCAAGAAAAGAUAUUGAAAGUACUGAAGAACCAAUUGAUGAGACAAACAAGUCAAUCAGUACUACUGAAACAACUGCAGAAGAAACAGAAAGAAUAUCAAAAGACAUGGAAUCAACACUGGAAGAUGUGAAACAAAAAGCACAAGAGACGGAAGAAAAUGCGGAAGAUGCACAAAAACAUGCAGAGGUGGCAAAUGCUUUGAUUCAAAAGAGUAGAACUGCAUCAAAAUAUGUUACAAGUAAAUUGAAAGAAAAAAGAGCCAUGGAUGAAGCAUUAAAAGUUGUGGAUGAAGCAAGAGAGUAUGCAAAAGAGGUGAAAAGACAAGCUAAACUAGCAGCGGAAAUAGCAACAGAUGCUGGAAAAGUAGCUGAGGAAUUAGGUGAUGAGGAGUCUGAUGAAAUAAAGGCCCAAGUUGAGGCUUUGAAUGAGGCUGGACAAAAAGCACAGUUGUCUGCUGAGGAGGCCCAAAAGGCUGGGGAAGAUGUUGAGGAAGCAGCAGAAAUACUGAAAGACAAGAGAUUGCAAGAUAAACCAAAAGAAGCAGAGAAACCUGAUGGAGAAGAAGCAGAACAGAAAAAGAAGAGGAAGCUGGUGAAGAGGAAAAGCAAGCUGAUGAUGAAAAACCAGAGGAAGACAAGAAAAAGUGAAGAUGAAGAAAAAUCCACAGAAGAGGAGGAGCCAAAGGAUGAAGGGGAGAAGGAGCCAAAAGAUGAAGAAGAGAAGCCAAAAGAAGAGGAAGACAAUGCAGAUGUUGAGAAACCAGAAGAUAAAGAUGCUGAUGCACCUGUGGUGGAUGAAGGUGCAAGCAAGGUUGAUGAUGGAAUGGCUGAAGAAGUCAGUAUUGCCAUGGAUGACGUUAAAGCAAAAAUGGAUAUUGCCAAAGAAAAACUAGAACAAGCAAUGAAGGAUUCAGAAAAGACAACAGAAAUUGCUGAUGAUGCCAAGAAAGUGCUGGAAAAAAUAAAAAUUCUUAAAGCUGCAGAAUUAACUGCAAGUGAAGGUAAAGAUGUUGCCGAAGAAGCAAAACAGGUUGCCGAGGAGACAGAUGCCACAGCAGAAUCAACAAGCAAAAUAGUAGAGGAAAGUGGCAAAGACACUGAAGAAUCUAGAUUUGCAACCAAUAUGGCAAGUAAUAGCAUUCAAAAAGCAGUGAAAUAUUCAACUGAUUUGAAACAAUCAAUUGAAUCUUUGGAAAAAGCAGCCACCAAAUUAUUAGAUUAUGCAAAGAGAGGAGAUAUGCCAAUGGACAGAAUACGUGGAAUGCAGAAGCAGCUGAACAAAGAUAUAACUGAAAUUAAAAGAGACAUGCAAAAAUGUAAAGCAGCUGCCAGAGAAGCUGAGGAUUCACUUGAAGAUGUGCAAAGAAAUGAUCCAAAAAGCUGGGAUAUCAAUCCGUUUCCAUUGGAUGAUGAAGAAGAUAGCAAACUUAAUUGUCUGGUCCGUGGACCGCCUGGAACAUUUGAUGGUAUAAGUGUCAGCUACAAACCAAUGAAUGUAUGGGCACAUAAAGCUAUGGGAGAGAAUGAGGAUGUACUGAGUGCUGUUGUCUGUGUUGAACCCCAGGAUAUCAAACUCAGCAAACCAGCUCUGGUUUCUAUACCUUACGCUGGCCGGGCACGCUCUAUACAUGGCAGAGAGGUCGUUGUCAAAUCAACCAAGAAUGGCAAGGAUUGGAAAGUAAUUUCAACGACUUCAAUUGAGAGAGUUUUUGAAAAUUAUAAGGGACAAAUGUUUGCUGAAAUGAAAGUGAAAGAAUUUGCAACAUAUGUUGUUAUAUCUCGUUUACUUCGUGACAGACAUACGGUCGACAAAAAGGGUGGCACAUUGGCGUCAUCAGGUGACAGAAGAGUGUUCGUUACCUAUCCACACGGAUGUAUAAGUAGACCAAACGAUAUAUCUUUGGAGGUCCAUGCAUUUGACAACAACACCGUGAAUUUGUUGAAAAAGAGACGUGAGAAAUGCGAGUUAUUGGCCGCAUCAAGCCCAAUAGUACGCAUAACCCAUUCCCCAACACCAAAGGAAUUCAAGAAACCAAUCACAAUCAAUCUACCAUUACCACCAAACCCGGCCAAGAGAGACAACAAAGAUCUUAGACCAUCGGCGUUCACUUUAUCGGCGUUGAAAAGCAAAGGUGUUUCGGCUGCACAGGCUGUCAGUCAUCACCAUGAAGCUGAGAUAGCAGAAGAGUUGGAGACACUCCAUGUCUUAGUCAGAAAUAAUAAUACAGCCUGGCAUGAGAUGAAGAGUGUACGUUUAUCAUACUGUAAAAAUGAUGUUGUAUCAUUCGAAUUGAACAGUCCUGUACAUAGGGUUGUGUUGAUACGCACCUCUGCCAAACCGGAUUCAAAUAGUGCAAUGGUUCAUUUGGCUAAUAUGGUAGAGGACUGGAUCAAAGUCAAGAUAGUCAGCAUUAUUGUACACCAGCAUGUGGAAGACAGAAGCCACGUCAUGGUACAGCUAUCGCCGUAUAGUAAAAUAGAUGAUAUUGAAGACAAGAUGAUCAACGAAGGCUUUGAAGGUCCACCUGACCCAAGCCCUGAAAUUGAAAUGGUUGAGGGCGAACAGGUCAUGGUAGUGUUUGAUGGAAACCUCCGUCCAACGGAAGACAAAGAGUUGAAACUGAUAUAUAAUUCGGAAAAAGUGAACGAUUAGAGCUCUACCUGGAGGCCAUUGAUCAAUUCCGAAACUUUGCCUCAGAUCACGAUAAAGGUCACGCUAGGUUUUACGGACGUGCGCACCCUCCCGACGAACCGGAAACAGUAGAGAACGGAGAGAUUGGAGAAGAGGAGGAAGAUCAACAACAGAACGUUAAAGGACACAAGAAAAGGACCCCUAUGAAGGGUGGACGUUUCUUGCUGAACUACCUGUAUCUGUUCCAAAGGUUGAACGUCCGCCGCCUCAACCGAAGCAGGUAUACAAGCAGGCUGUCAAAGUACAAGGUCCACUUAGCGAAGAAGGUAUUCGUGAUUUGUCAAGAGAACUAACCAAUGAAUGGGAGUCACUAGCUCGUUACCUUGGAUACUCACAACCGCAGAUACAAAGAAUAAAACGUGAUAACCCAAAUAGUAUGGAGGAUCAGAUAUUUGACAUGUUGAUAUCGUGGAGAAACAACUUGCCGCGUUCAAUGUAUAAAAUCGAUAUUCUCUGUGAAAAUUUAGUUCGAUGUGGCAGAUAUGAUCUAAGCGAGGACGUUAAAGCAAAAGAAAAUCCAGCGGAAAUAGACGCCGAGGCAGAAUGAUUCUUGUAGCAAUGGUAGUUCAGAUCUGGGUCGGGGUUGUAGCGAGCAGGGCUUGGGGUGCUUUGAAUAAACUACCUGCGAAAUGUACACACGCUGGCCGUACUUUUUUUUUCUUAUGCAAUCUUUUAUCGAUAAAUCCUCGCUAGCAAUCAAUCUAGUUUUCCCCAUACACUUUGUGUAUCUCAUCAAAACUAUGUUAUGUAAGUGAAUCAGCUGUUACCUAAAUACAGACAGGGCAGAGUAUUUUAAAAUAGUGCAAUUUGCUAACUGUGACCUAGUUUACGUCAGCUAGUUCGUGGACUAAAUCGACACUAACCAAUAUGUAUGUAUUUAACAGCAUAAUGUGUCUGUGUCAUCAUAUUAUAUAUUUUCAGCUGAUUGCUAGGAUGUACAGUGAUCCAUUUUUACAGGUUGGCACAUGUAAUUAGUCUAUGUGCAACCACUAAGCUCUAUAUUUUUAUAGUGUGUUUAUUUGUUGAAAGAAGACAGAAAUCCUAACACGACCGGCAUUUAUUCUGUUUAAAACUAUGUAAAAAUGUAAUUACUAAUCUGUAUAUUGUUACGUAAUGCUAAACCAAUAAACAACUUACAUAUAUCAUUAUGUGGCCCCGUCACUUUGUUGCCAUAGUGAUCUUGCAAACAGGUAUAUGCUGUUUAUUAUCACCCAUCAUGUACUUUAAUUAAUGUAAUUAAUCACACCACAUUGCUCAUAUGUAUGCAAAUAAAAAUUAUGUAAAUUAACAUUUCAUUUUAAGACGUCAACAGGAUGAAGCGUGCAUAUUUAAAUGCUAAUAAACACGCCACCAUGUCGGCUAACAAAUAGAA